UUUUUAGAACCAGCGCGUCAUGAACGCCCGGAUGUACUAAUAAACAACAUGCAUUGUUUGAUGCCGGCUGUGCGAUCCAUAAGCUGAUGUUUACAAGAAGAAUAUUAAAUAAAGCUAGAGAAAACAAUCAUAUACGUUGUUGAAACGAAAUCAUGGCGCAUCAAAACGAAGUUCAAACAUGGUCUUUGUCCGCAGAGGAGUUGUUCCAACGACAUUUUCCCCUACACCAAGCAUGCCGCAAUGGCGACUUGGAAAAACUGUCGAUUUUAUUAUCCGGCGGAAAUGCCGAGUUCUACGAAGAGGACAGUUUUUACGGAUGGUCUCCGUUACACUGGGCAGCAAAUUUUGGAAAGCUGGCUUGUCUGAGGAAACUCUCUAGUCUCUCACAAUAUGGGUGUGACAAUGUGUCCUCCAAGUUCCAACAAUCUCCGCUUCAUCUGGCGUGUUGUGCGGGUCACCCUCACUGUGCUCAGUGGCUAGUCCAGUCAGGUGCUAAUAUAGAUCGCCAGGACUAUUUGGGUGAUACCCCAACACACAAAGCUGCCAAGAAAGGACAUAUGGAGUGUGUCAGUCUGCUAGUAUCCCAGGGUGCAAGUUUAUGUUUGCUCAAUCAUAGUCACUGUACACCUAGUCAAGCAGCAGCAGAAAAUGGUCACCUUGAGUGCGCUCAAUACAUUGAAAAUGCUGCCAAACUGCAGGGUCAAGGGCAACUGCCCAAGACUCACUGUGUUACUAUGCAACCAUCGCACCUACUGCAUGGUCAGAUGGAGCACAUAGUGACCGACAUGGCUUAUCAAAAUGGUCACUUCUCUGAUGGCCCCUGUCCUAUUGAUAAUGGCAUGGAUAUGUCAGGGGAUGGACCAAUGGUUGGCAUGAAGAGGGGGCGAGAUGAAUUCUGUGAGGAGGAUUCCUUCAAACGAAUGAGGAAAGGGGAUGUGGUUUCUUUACAAAACUCUGGCAUUUCUGACACUCCAUUAGUUAACAACAACAGUUAUUUCCCUUCCAUGACUGGGAGCAGUGUAGAAGAACAUGAGAAAACAGUGUGGGCACAGCAAGGAUAUGACUCCCUGUUUAUCCAUUCGGUCAUCAGUGAAUUCCAUGGAUCUUAAGGUGGCUGAUCUUAAAAACAAACACAAGCAGGGAUCAUAUUAUUUGUUUUUGCCCAAAUUACUAGUUCAUCAAUGUAUCUUUCUAAAUAGCCUUGUUUCUUUUUUGUGAUAUUUGUUUUUUUGCGUAUACAUGCACAUAUAUAUAUGUGUGACAACUGACAAAUGUUGAUGUGCAUUUAUAUUUUGUCCAUGACAUGCAAUUUUAAGUAUUUUUUUUUAAAAGAAUCUCAAUCCCUUUUUUCUUCUUUGGUUUGAUUUCAUAAAAUGCUUAACAAAAUUUGUUAAAUUAUUGUCUUGCAUUCUUUUGAAGAUUCAUUGGGAAAAAAAAUAAUUGAGGCAUCACCUGGUACAUUUGUACAAUUCUGAGCAUUUUUUCCCCUUCAACUACACUUAAAAUUCUUUUUUAUGGGUGAGGAAAAAGAAACAAUGCAUUGUCACUUGGGUUUGCUAUUAAAGACUUGUCAAUGUUGGAAUUCACUAUCAAAGGCUUGUAGUAAUUUUUAUGAAAAAAUAGGCCUGACACUAAAAUUGGCAAAAAUCCACACAUUGUACAUUGAGAUGCCAUUCUUAAGCUGCUUCUUUUACCACUCUUUAUGUUCGUGUACCUUGUACAUUAUUGUUUUUAUUAGAUUUGUUUUUUUUUAUUUCUAUGAAUGUAUAGGCAGCGUUCUUUACAGACAAUGAAGAACAAAAUAUUCCCAUCAAGUUAAAACAUUAUUGAAUUUGUUUCAUUGCUAUUGGUAAACUUCUACCAUUUUUCAUUGAGCUGAAUUUACUGUUUCACUGAGUUGAAUUUACAUAUCAUUUGUUAUUAUAACUGCAUGAAUUACUGUAAGGUUCUCAUCAAGGCUUCAAGCCAAAACUUAAUUAUCAGCAAUCACUGUAAUUUUUUCAGCCACUUUUAUUGACACUGAAGUAUCUCAAUGGUUGUAUAAAGGUAGCAAAUUAUGUAUCAUCUAGAUAUUCAAUAUAUAUAUGUCCUAUGGACAAAAAAAUUGAUUUUAUACCCUCUCUCUGUGCUUUAAAUGUUCUCUAUAACAUGAUUGUAUUUGAAAUAUCUUUAAGACUAUUAUUGAAGCAAGUGAAUGUACAUGUAUAAUCUGGAACUUGUAAAAGAAAAAAAAGAAAAAUACGGAGGAAUGAUACUUAUAUUACCGGAUCUUUAUAAAAGGUCAAUAACUCCAGUCCAUUAAAGGUAAUCAAAUCAUGUAUCUAUUUUUUCUUUUUUACCAAGAUAAACAGCUAUAUUGGAGGUUUUGCUUUUUAUUUGUACAUUUUAAUUAGAUGUUAUUGUUAUUUGCCAAAAUUUUUUUUAGUUGGAUUUUUAUUGAUUUUUAUUGAUUCAUAUUUCCAGUUUUUAUUUGAGUUCUGAUUUACCAAGAAUUUUCAAAAUCGUCCCUCAUAACUUGACUUAAAGAUCUGAAGAAUAGAUAGAAAUACAUAUAUACAUGUUCUUGCUGUUUUAUACUUCUGAAUGCAAUUAUUUUAAUAAUAAUAGCUAUUGCUAUUUCUGUCAUCACUGUCUCAGAGUUUUGAAUGUCAGAAAUUAUUUUUCCUCCUUAAUAUGUUAUUUUAUUGGUUGGUGCUGUUAAUUAACAGAUGUAUCUGUUCGUUAAAAUUUUAAUUACUGAGUGAAUUUUUGUGUGUUCAGUGAUUAUUUUUCUGAGAGUGUUUGUUAACAUCGGACCACCGUUUGAUUAGGUUUGCAAAGAUUUUCAUGAAUUGUCCAAAACUUAUUUGAUCAAAGUUUUUUGAAAGUUUUGUAUUUUUAUUGUGGAUGAUAAGUGCAAUGAAACUUCUAUAGAGAAA